AUGGCAGACAAGGGAGAUGUGAACUUGGGAGGUGCGCAAUUUGCGUCGCACAAAUGGGCCGAGCCAGUCUUUGUUGUUUCGGUCAUGAUUGGGUCUUUGAUCAUCAAUCGCCGUAAAAACUACAGCAUCUUGCAUGGAGAUCUCAAUACUCGAUCCGGGACCCUGUCACCAACCAGUGAAGGAACGUCUAUGCUCUCUGACGAGGAAGGUCACGCGACAAAUCGACUCCAGAAACGCAGCUGCUUUGGCAAGGAAUUCACCAUCCCGGAUACCUCUAGAUUUGGCAACAAUUUGCAUAGCAGAGUCUUGCAAAAGUUUCCCUUCUUGAUUGAAAUGUUUUACUGGGCUCUCAACUACGCGGCAUACAGUUUCACAAAGGCCAUUGCUGCUUCUCUAUAUGCUACUAAGGACGGUGUCACGGAGCUCGCGCAAGAACAUGGAAUCAGCAUUCUCGACUUUGAACAUGCCUCGAUGUUUUCAAUCUUUUUCCCUAUCAAGGAGGUGGACUUCCAGACCUUUUUUACCACUGGACAUCCGCUCAUUUUGACAUUUUUUAACCGCAUUUACUCGCUGGUGCAUAUUCCUGGAACUGUCACUUUCCUCUCCUGGUAUUACUAUGCCGCUCCUGACCAUGCAACUUUCGCUGUUGCUAGACGUACCAUGACUCUCGGCAAUUUCGCUGCUUUCUUCGUCUUCUGUUUCUACCCUUGCAUGCCGCCGCGUCUGUUGCCGGAAUCAUUUGGCUUCCACGACACUGUUCGUCAAGACAACGCUGAGAGUGUUUGGGUCGGCGGUAAGAACGUCAACCAACUCGCAGCCAUGCCUAGUCUCCACUUCACCUACGCUUUCGUCAUCGGAUGCACCUUCAUCUACCACUCUGGCAUUCACUGGCGUUCUGAGAAUAAGGCUAUUCAGCAAUCGACUUUUGGAAGAUGUCUGUGGCUUUUGGCUGGUCUUUGCUACCCUUUGUUGGUCUUGUCGGUUAUUGUGGCGACUGCCAACCAUUACUACCUGGACGCCGUGGUAGCGCUCUUCACGACAUCUCUCGCCUUCUUCAUCAACAGAAUAUGGAUGCUUCUGCUACCAGCUGAGGGUAUGCUUCUUUGGGCAUUACGUCUGAAGAAGCCGGUUCCUACCACCGGACAACGACUUCAAAAUGUCAAGAAGAUCAAGGAAGACGAGAGCGAUUACCGCUACGAAGUCGUCUAA